GCACCAAAGCGGGUACCGACGCGGUGUUCGCUCGGCAGCAGUUGACCGGACGUGAACUCCGGCGUCAGCUUCCUCUCCGUUCACUUCAGUCUGGCUGCGGGAGAAACAAGGAAGUGGAUACCGUAGCGGACACAUUUUAACGACCUUUUUGUGCCCCCAGAAGUGCUUCAGUGUGAAGUUUACUUUGCCUCCAGACUUGGACAUGUUAGCUCUCAUGGCCAGAACUUUGCUGUCCUGACACAGACUGUGUCUUUUUAGAGCCAGAAUCCACACCUUCUACCUCAUCAGUUCUACCUCGCAGACGAUUUGUCACAUGGUUCGAACUUGGACUGCCAAGUUCCUCAGAAAAGCCUGACACAUCUGUGUCACCCAAGAACUGUGGAACUUCUGGUUGUCUGGGACUUUAUCCUGAUAUGUUACGCAUGUAAUGUCCCGACUCUGUGACGGCAAGCGACCAGAAGCCAGAGAAGGUCAGGGGCGGAGCAGCGCAGACUCUGACCCGGUGGAAGAUGACGAGUCAGACGUGCGAGUCAUGGAGUCAGACGUGAAGAUCCACAUGUUCCGAGAAGAAGACAUGGAGGAUGAUGAGGAUGAGUCGCCUCCCGAGCGACUGAUAGUGGUGGGCAUUUGCUGCAUGAUGAAGAAGUCCAAGUCCAAACCCAUGACGCAGAUACUGGAGCGCCUCUGCAAGUUUGACUACAUCGAAGUGGUCAUCUUUCCCGAAGACGUCAUCCUGGAGGAGCCUGUGGACAAAUGGCCGCUGUGCGACUGCCUCAUCUCCUUCCACUCCAAAGGUUUCCCUCUGGACAAAGCCGUGGAAUACGCCAAGCUCAGGAAUCCACUACUCCUCAACGAUCUCAACAUGCAGUAUUUCAUCCAGGACAGGAGGGAAGUGUACCGCAUCCUCCAAGAAGAAGGUAUUGACCUACCUCGCUAUGGUGUGCUCAACCGAGACCCCGACAACCCUGAAGAGUGCAACCUGGUGGAAGGGGAAGACCACGUGGAGGUUAACGGUGAGGUUUUCCCCAAACCCUUUGUGGAGAAGCCAGUGUGCGCCGAGGACCACAAUGUCUACAUCUACUACCCGACGUCUGCAGGUGGUGGCAGCCAGAGGCUUUUUAGAAAGAUUGGCAGUCGAAGCAGCGUGUACUCCCCAGAGACCAGCGUCCGGAAGACGGGAUCUUACAUCUACGAGGAGUUCAUGCCUACAGACGGUACAGACGUGAAGGUGUACACAGUGGGUCCUGACUACGCUCAUGCUGAGGCCCGAAAGUCGCCUGCCCUCGAUGGGAAGGUGGAGCGGGACAGCGAAGGGAAAGAAAUCCGAUACCCGGUCAUGCUAACCGCCAUGGAGAAACUAGUGGCUCGCAAGGUCUGCCUGGCUUUCAAGCAAACAGUGUGCGGAUUCGACCUUCUCCGGGCCAACGGCCACUCGUUUGUCUGCGACGUCAACGGCUUCAGCUUCGUCAAGAACUCCAUGAAGUACUACGACGACUGUGCCAAGGUGUUGGGGAACAUGGUGAUGAGAGAGUUAGCCCCCCAGUUCCACAUUCCCUGGUCCAUCCCAAUGGAGGCUGAAGACAUCCCCAUCGUGCCAACAACCUCAGGAACCAUGAUGGAACUGCGCUGCGUUAUCGCCAUCAUUCGCCAUGGAGACCGGACACCAAAGCAAAAAAUGAAAAUGGAGGUCCGACAUCCUCUAUUCUUUGAGCUGUUUGAGAAGUGCGGAGGUUAUAAGUCGGGAAAGCUCAAGCUGAAAAAACCAAAACAGCUGCAGGAGGUGCUGGAUAUCGCUCGCCUGCUGUUGCUUGAACUCGGCCAACACAACGACUGCGAGAUUGAGGAGAAGAAGUCCAAACUGGAGCAACUUAAAACCGUCUUGGAGAUGGAAUCCAGCUUGAUUGACACUCAGUACGGUCACUUCUCAGGUAUCAACAGGAAAGUCCAGUUGACGUACUUACGAAAUGGACAACCCAAAGCCUCCAGUGAGGAGGAAGACUGUAAGAGGGAGGGUCCGUCCCUGCUGCUGGUCCUAAAGUGGGGCGGUGAGCUAACGCCCGCUGGUCGGGUUCAGGCUGAGGAGCUAGGCCGGGCCUUUCGCUGCAUGUACCCUGGAGGUCAAGGCGACUACGCUGGCUUCCCCGGCUGCGGCCUUCUGCGCCUGCACAGCACUUACCGCCACGACCUGAAGAUCUAUGCCUCCGAUGAAGGCCGAGUGCAGAUGACAGCAGCGGCUUUUGCCAAGGGCCUUCUUGCACUGGAGGGCGAGCUGACUCCUAUCCUGGUUCAGAUGGUGAAGAGCGCCAACAUGAAUGGACUGCUGGACAGUGAUAGCGACUCACUGACUGACUGUCAGCAGAAAGUGAAGGCCCGUUUGCAUGAGAUCAUGCAGACAGACAUGGAGUUCUCCCAGGAUGACUAUCAGAGGCUGGCCCCAACUGGAAGCCCAUCAUUGGUCAACUCCAUGAAAAUCAUACAGAACCCGGUCAAGACUUGUGACAAGGUGUACACCCUUAUCCAGAAUCUCACUUCCCAAAUUAGGAAACGACUGGAGGACCCCAAGUCUUCAGACCUUCAGCUGUACCACAGUGAGACACUGGAGUUGAUGCUGCAGCGCUGGUCCAAACUGGAGCGAGACUUUCGCAUGAAGAGCGGGCGUUACGACAUUAGUAAGAUCCCGGACAUCUACGACUGCAUCAAGUAUGACUCGCAGCACAACGCCUCUUUGGGCCUGGAGGAAACGCUGGAGCUAUUUCGCCUCUCACGGGCCUUGGCCGACAUCAUCAUACCACAGGAGUACGGCAUCAGCAAAGCGGAGAAGCUGGACAUCGCUCAGGCGUACUGCGUCCCCUUGAUGAAGAAGAUCCAGUUGGACCUGCAGAGGACACACGAGGACGAGGCCGUCAACAAGCUCCACCCCCUCUACUCUCGGGGGGUGAUGUCCCCGGGUCGCCAUGUCCGCACUCGCCUCUACUUCACCAGCGAGAGUCAUGUCCACUCGCUGCUCAGCAUCUUCCGCUAUGGAGGACUGCUGGAUGUACGCACUCUUUCUCUAGGUUUGCCACGCGGUCAUAAGGAAGACAAAGACCAGCAAUGGAACCAGGCCAUGGACUACCUGAGUGCUGUGACUGAGCUCAACUACAUGACCCAGAUAGUCAUCAUGCUGUAUGAGGACAACAACAAGGACCCGUCUUCCGAGGAGCGUUUCCACGUGGAGCUGCACUUCAGUCCAGGGGUCAAAGGUUGCGAGGAUGAGGAAAACGUUCCUCUUGGCUUUGGUUUCCGUCCGGCCUCUUCUGAGAAUCAGGACAAAAAGCCCAACCAGGGCAGCAUGGAGGAUCUCUCUCAGGACCAACCUGACCAGGCACUUAAUUUUUCCGAUCCUAUCAACAUCCAGCGAAGAUCCCCAAUGAUUCGCAACCGCAAGACGGGCUCCAUGGAGGUUCUCUCUGAGACCUCCCCCACCCAGUCGACCAAAGGCUGCACGUCGCACCGACUCUUCCCUAUGGGCUCGCGCCAGUCGCCUGAGAUCAAACCAGCCAGUGGCUUAGGCUCGCUCUGCUCUGGCCUCUUCAGCGCCUCCAUGCUUGGGGUGUCCUCUAGCGCCCCCAACCUGCGGGACUACGUACGCACGCACCACCAUCACCUCCUACGAAAACCCCCCCUGUCCCCCGGCAGCCUGCCUUGCCAGAUUGGCAUGUUCGAGCUGUUGUCUAUGCCGCCAGUAAAGAGAUUUUCUGUGUCGUUUGCCAGGCAUCCGACUAACGGCUUUGAGGGCUGCUCCAUGGUGCCCUCCAUCUACCCGCUGGAAACGCUGCACAACUCUUUGUCGCUCAAGCAGGUGGACCAGUUCCUCAACACCGUCUGCGAGAGCAGCAGCGAGGCCCACGCCAAGACCAUGAAGGCACUGUCUGGCCUGUUCAACUCCCAGAGUCAGACGUCCCUCUACCAGCAGCCACUGUCCUCUUCGGGAUCGGAGGCGUCUCUGCGCCCGCCGAGCCAACCUCUGUGGCAUGGCAGCGUGCCCUCCAGUGCCGUGUCCAGCGCUGGGCCGUCCUCCCCCAUGACCGAGAGCUCGGCCCUCAGCUUCAGCUUCAGCGAGUAGACGCCACGCAGGGAGAAACCAGCCAAUAGACUGCAUCCGGGCCUGGACUAAACACUGGACCUUUCUAGACACACCAGCUGUGCCUUCACCUUCUACUGCGGUUUUAUUUUGAAAUGGUGUCGGGCUGUUCUAAAAGUUGUUAAUUUUCGUCUAACAAGACAUUUGAAAUACUUGUCUCAGUUCCAAGUGUUGACCAUUAGAAUCUGUUUCUUUUACUUUUUUGUCAGCGCAGCACCACUCAAUUUUACGUGUGCGCACUGAGCAUGUUAUUUAUUGUGAGUCACUAAAUGAACGCCAGUUAAAAAACAACCACAUCUGCAAUCCAAUAAGAGCAAGUGACUGUGCCAAAUGUUGAUGGAACCUCUCAUGACAGAACAAUGAUGUCACCCCUUUGGGCUUCAUGUCCUGGAGAGCAUUAGCAAACUCACUAAGAACAAAAGUUUGUUUUAUCUUGCACUGAUUUAUUUGUAUGACUGAUUGCCGCAAGCAGUUUUAGCGCAAUAUUUAUGAAAGUUCCUUGUUUAAUUUAAUAGACGCCCAAAAAAUGUAAGCAAGCAUUUCUGCUGGAAAUGUGGACAUAAAGCUGUCAACAAACUUUUUGUGAAAGUAUAUUUUCUACCUAAGAUUGUACUCAAAUAAAGAACGUAACUUUAGACUUAA